AUGGGAUUCAUAUUCGAAGAUAUAGGCUUAAAGCACGUGGAUGAAUAUUAUAAAGUUUCCGAAUGCGGAAUUAACAUAGACAACGUUCCGCAAAUCGGUGACUCCAUCUUGAACCUCUCCUUAGAUUUUUCGGGUUACAUUGACAUGAUAUCUAAGAACGACUCUCGAAACGCUAGAUUGGAUGCGUUAAAUGUUUGUCCAUCAAUAUCUCCAUUACAAAAGUUAAACAUUAAAGUUCAAAAUGAGAUAAUUCUCACAUCCUAG